AUGGAUUCAAGUAACCCCGCACCCAUUAGACCUACUACACCUAUUACACCUACUACACCUACGUCAUACGUAAAGCGGUCUUCCUCUAUUUCAAACGGACCUCCUCCACCUCUAGAUCCUGCAAUAUUACAUAUUCUUUCGGGACUUCUGAGAGAUUUACAAUUCCUUAACCAACAACGGCAUCUUUCAGAUCUUGCGCUUCAGGAAAUAAUAGACAGACUACCAAAGCCUGCCUCAUAUAAUGUUAUUCAAUCACCAGCUCUACUUUCACCAACUCAUUCUCCUGUUUCUGUACCUCAAGUAGGUUCGCCGGCUCCUUCUGUACAUUCUGAAAAAUCAAAAGUAGAUUCUGAACUUGGACACUCCGAAGUAAAAAAUACAUCUAUUAUACAACCACAAGAACAGAGUGGGAUACAAUAUUUACAAUCCCAAAAUGGUACAGAUUCUCAACUACCUUCUUCAUCUAUACACGAACAACAAGAGCAUAAACCUGAAAUACCUUACGGAGGGACUGUCGAUCAACCUACCACGGUUCCCGAAACAGUUUCUAGAAGUUCAACUCCAAGACAUUCUAUGUCACGAGGUCCCCUACCACCUCCUCCAAAUUCAAUAAAUAAUGCACCACUACAACAUCCUACUGUGCCGCCUAAUUUUAUUAGUAAACAACAAGAAGCUGAAUUUUAUGCUAACAAAUCUAGAGUUCCAAAAAUACAUGAUAUGCUACCUGUUUAUAGUCCUCAAGUUGUUGAAGCGCAAUGGGAUUUUAACGGAACUGAUGAUGGUGAUUUGAGCUUUAAAAAAGGGGAUCAUAUAGAAGUGACCGAAUAUGUUAAUGAUGACUGGUGGCGUGGUCGUGUUAAAGGCAAAGAUAUAAUUGGUAUAUUCCCGAAGGUUUACACAAAAAGUAUAUUACAAAGUCCCCAGUCUCCAAGGAGCCCUGAUGGUCAUCAACGUAGAACUUCAACGAACUCAUUGACUUCGGUCUCAUCUCGUCUCACUCAACAAAGUAUGAAUUUACAACAAAAUCUACAACCAAAUUUACAACAAAAUCCACAACAAAAUCCUUUACCCACUAAUCGUGCUCAAGUUCCUGUACAGUUGCAACCUCAACAACCUUUAAAUCGUCAGGUUGCACCUCAAUCAAAUCUUACCACCCCCUAUUCUUAUCAAAAUUAUCCAAUUCCAUAUACAUCUCAACCAAACACAGCUUAUUACUUGCAAAAUAAUCAAUAUUAUAAUCAACCAACUUUUUCUGGCGGAUUUUCUGGAGGAUCUAAAAAAUAA